GUGUUACUAUGGAAAACCAACUUUGAUUCAUUUGAUUAUAAAGAAGUCCUUAAACACCAUAUUAGAAGAACACAUAUUGAUGAUCCGCCUCAUCUUCUUGAUAUUUACCCAAGGUCACCUCAUCUCCAUGAUGAAAAACUUCAGUCAGUUGAGGUCAACCCUACCUUUGAUGUGACUAAUACACAAACACUUGACCCACCUGUCAUAGAGAUUAGUUCCUCUUCAUCUUUCAGUACUCCGGAUGAUGUCAGCAGUGAAGAUCUGCAGUGUCCCCCUGCUUCAGUCUUGGCAACAAGUUCAAAAAGCAAGUCAGAGAAUGAGAGCGAAUCAGCUGUGCCUAAUGUGGACAAGCAAACAGGCAUCUCCCCCUCCCUGGGUAAUGCUUUGGAGCACAUUGUGGAGCAGCUGGAUGUUUUAACUCUAACUAUAUCAAUCCUGGAACAACGACUCACUUUGACUGAAGAUAAAUUGAAAGAAUGCUUAGAAAAUCAGCAAAAAAUGUUACUUCAGGGAAGACAGGAAGAAUAA